AUUUGGUGAUUUUAAAAAACGGCACCGCUCUGUGUUUGGCGAGAACAGUGAUAGUUCACAGUGAACCUCUCUCCGUAAAACGAACGAAGAAGUCUUCCAUGGAAGAAUACGACGAAGAAGUUCCUUCGUCGUCCGAUCCCAGUGAUUCCAGCGACGAAUUUGCUGGCGAAAGCGAAGAGGAGGAAGAGGAGGAGAACGACGACGAAGAACGAUCGGCGGUCAAAUCACCAACGUCCGAUGAAGGUAGGAAAUCGCAGAAUGUCGACGCUCUCUUGAGAGGUAACCUUGUUUUAAGAAGACAAUCGUUACUUCCACGAGUUCUUUCAGUGACAGAUGGGGCAGCUGUUGCUAGAAAACCCUUUAAACCCCCAUUCUCUAAUGGCUACCAUGAUCGGAAUGACCAGUUAGUUCAUCGUCUUUGGGCUCGCAAACGGUUUGUUCCUUGGGGCUCCUCAAGGCCAGCUUUGGUUUUGAUAACCAACCGUGUGAAUAUAUCUAGUGCUGCUGAGAAAGAUGUGUUGGAGGAAAGUGUGAGUCUGCCAGCAGGGAUCGACCCUUUGGUGUUGUGGCACCCUGAGGAAUCUGAAGAGCAGGCAGAUAAUUUGAUGCCAAUAGUGGUGGACCCAUUGCUUGUCCGUUUCCUUCGACCUCAUCAGAGAGAGGGGGUUCAGUUCAUGUUUGAUUGUGUUUCAGGGUUAUCUAGCACUGCUAAUAUUUCUGGGUGCAUUUUGGCUGAUGAUAUGGGCCUGGGCAAAACUUUGCAAUCAAUCACAUUGUUGUAUACUCUUCUUCGUCAGGGAUUUGAUGGGAAAGCAAUGGUUAAAAAGGCAAUAAUCGUUACUCCUACUAGUCUUGUAAGUAACUGGGAGGCUGAAAUUAAGAAGUGGGUUGGAGAAAGAGUUCAACUUGUUGCUCUCUGUGAAAGUACCCGAGAUGAUGUUGUAUUUGGAAUUGAUAGUUUUACAAGUCCCCAUAGCCCUUUACAGGUUCUGAUUGUUUCAUAUGAGACAUUUCGCAUGCAUUCUUCAAAAUUUAGUCACAGUGGAUCCUGUGACCUUCUCAUAUGUGAUGAGGCUCACAGACUGAAAAAUGACCAGACAUUAACAAAUCGGGCAUUGGCUGCUCUGGCAUGCAAGCGUCGCGUUUUAUUGUCAGGCACUCCAAUGCAGAAUGACCUAGAAGAGUUCUUUGCUAUGGUUAACUUUACUAAUCCAGGAAUCUUGGGUGAUGCUACAUAUUUCCGUCGUUACUAUGAGACACCAAUCAUUUGUGGAAGAGAACCUACUGCAGCUGAAGAAGAGAAGAAAUUAGGUGCGGAACGAUCUGCAGAACUGAGUUCAACAGUGAACCAGUUCAUAUUGAGGAGGACUAAUGCAUUAUUAUCAAAUCACCUCCCACCAAAGAUAGUUGAAGUUGUUUGUUGCAGGUUAUCUCCUCUCCAAUCAGAAUUGUAUAACCAUUUUAUACAUUCUAAAAAUGUUAAAAAGGUAAUUAAUGAAGAAAUGAAGCAGUCAAAGAUUUUGGCUUAUAUCACCGCUCUUAAGAAGCUUUGCAAUCAUCCAAAGCUCAUUUAUGAUACUGUAAAAAGUGGAAACCAGGGAACAUCAGGUUUUGAAGACUGUAUGCGCUUUUUCCCUCCAGAAAUGUUCUCUGGAAGAUCUGGAGCAUGGACCGGUGGUGAAGGGAUUUGGGUUGAACUGUCUGGGAAAAUGCAUGUCUUAGCCCGAUUGCUGGCCCAUCUGCGUCAGAAAACAGAUGACCGAAUUGUCCUUGUCUCAAACUAUACUCAGACAUUAGACCUUUUUGCUCAAUUGUGUCGAGAGAGAAGAUAUCCGUACUUGAGACUUGAUGGCACCACAUCAAUCAACAAAAGACAGAAGUUGGUAAACCGUUUCAGUGACCCAUUGAAGGAUGAGUUUGUGUUUCUCUUGAGCAGCAAGGCUGGUGGUUGUGGCCUCAAUUUGAUUGGUGGAAACCGACUAGUCUUGUUUGAUCCUGAUUGGAAUCCUGCCAAUGAUAAACAAGCUGCUGCAAGAGUCUGGAGGGAUGGACAAAAGAAGAGAGUAUACAUCUAUAGAUUUUUAAGUACUGGGACGAUCGAAGAAAAGGUAUUCCAGCGUCAAAUGUCAAAAGAAGGGCUUCAAAAAGUAAUUCAGCAGGAGCAAAAAGACAGCCUUAAGACACAGGGUAACUUUCUUUCAACAGAAGAUUUACGUGAUCUCUUCUCAUUUCAUGAGAAUGUGAGGUCUGAAAUUCACGAAAAGAUGAAUUGCAACCGUUGUCAAAAUUAUGAUGAAAGACCUGAGAGCGUGAGAGAGGAGGAUGGUUUUGAAUCAAAAAAUGAAGGUUGUCAGUCUUAUCAAAUGGAUUGUGAUGAUAUAGGUGGAUUUGCAGGCAUUACUGGAUGCUUGCAUAAGUUAAAAAGAUCUGAGAAACAGGUGGGGACUGCUUUGGAAGAGGAUUUAGGAAGUUGGGGGCAUCAUUUUUUCUCAACAUCAGUGCCUGAUGCUAUCUUUCAAGCUUCAGCGGGUGAUGAGGUCACGUUUGUUUUCACAAACCAAGUAGAUGGGAAGCUUGUACCUGUUGAAUCAAAAGUACGGGCAAAUAUGCAGGGAGUUGAAGCAAAUAAGAACCAAUCUGACAAAAGGGGAAAACUGCUCCAAAAACCCACGUUACUGUCUAAACAUCAACAGUCAGCCCCACCAGUUUCUAACAAAGGAGAUUCUAUCACCAGCAUAUCAUCAUCCUCUUCCAAGCCUUUUCAUCUGGCAGGUAUAAAAUCAAUGAGAACAUCAAAAGGCACACCAUCUGUAACAUUAAAGCCCAAACUCUCUAUUGGAAGUCAAUUACCCCUGAAAAGAUUGUCUCCUGAUUCUGUACAACAUGAUGAUGACUUUGAGUGAAAAAUUUUGGCGGCUCAAAUGAUUUGUUUCUAUUCACUAGGGUCUGCUUCUGAUAUUCUUGAAAAUCGAAUUGGCCAAUUUUUUUUUCCUUUCGUUUUAGAGAACACAAACACAUGCAAAUGAAAGCUACUUUUAAGAACUUGAGGAUUGUAUUCAGUAUCUUCGACAAUAGGAAGAGAGUCCAUUAGUAAUUUAGUACUAUGAAGUAAGCCCUAUGUCUAUUAUGCUAAGAGACUUUAAUAGGACAGGUUUUAGGUGACACUGGGAGCAACCAAUUCAGUAAAUGAAGGGGUAUACCGUAUACCACUGAUCUAACCUUGAAGAAUGAGCCAGUGAACCAAGUCUUGUGAAGAAAGACUAAAGAGGAUAAAAACAAGUUUAAUGCUAAGAAGAUGGGAGACAGGAGGGAGACCAUGCCCUUAAACCUAGCUUUUCCCCAUUAACCCAUGAAGUUAGUUCAAUGUCUUCUGGGGAUUAGUCAAUGUUAGUUUGAGAAUCUGCCACAUGUCCAAAAUCCAUUUAGAUAGCAGCAGAAAUGUGGAUAAACCAUGUGAGCAAUGAGCAUCAACAGUGUUUUAUUCCAGGGAGUGGAAGGACCCUGAAACCCUGGGAAUCCCAAGUUUUAAACUCUUUUUUUAUUUUUAUUUUUUUCAUUGUUGUGGCUGAGGCAGUAAGACUUAGACCACUUGGUUUCUAUUAUAUUAUAUUAAAAUUGCAGAUUGAGAGUGAGACUAGCUCAAGUCCAGAGUCUGAAGUUUGGGAAGGAUAUGAAAAAUUAGGUUUGUAUAUAGAUCACUAAAAUUUCUAGCCAGCUCAAUCUCAUGAAUUUUCUUUGCAUGCAGGUAACAAAGAAAUAGUCUCCAAUCUAAAUACCAUAGGUGUAAUCAUGGCACACAUUAUAGAGUGAGAAAUAGAUUAAAGAUUUUAGGAGUGGAUGGAUCUGAAAUGGCAUCAACUGAUCAUAAUAAGAGUGAAAGUCUGUUUAUUAUGUUUCCGUCAAUGUAACAAAGACAAGUUCAUGCAUGCACCAAGAUUCCUUGAAUUAAUUUAAAUCAAAGGGGCUAGAAGAGUAGGAUGAGGAAGAAGAAAAAUACAUCGAUAAAGACAAUGUAUAUAUAUAGUCACAACUAUGCCAAAUUGUUGGUGCCCCCAUUUAAAGGAGGUGGGGUAAGACUUGACUCACAAAGGGACAAAUCCAAGUAACAUGAGAUGCCAACUUCGCACGCCAUAUAAAACAAGCCCCCUACAAUAUAAUUGUGAGAGACUGCAUGUGCUUGGAGAAGGAAUAACUAUUUAAGAAGGCUUAGUUAGAGUGCUGGUUUGAAUGUUCAUGGCAUGCUUAAACAUGUUCAACAAUGAUCAACCAUACCUCUAUACCUCUCCUCUGGGCCCUAGAAUCUCCUUUUCCAAUGAUUUCGCAGACACCCAACAUCCCAUCAAGAAGCAUGAAACCAACUACAGAGAAGCACCUGUGUCUUCGGACUUUGAAUUCUCAGUGAAAAACAACAAUAUGACUUCUGCAGAUGAGAUCUUCUUCAAGGGGAUGCUGUUGCCCACCAAGCCUAAGAUGACCCUGCGAGAUGAGCUCCUUGUGGAUGAUGAUGAUGAUGAUGGGUUCAAGGAUGUGUUGCCAAGGCUGCAGAAGAGUUCAGGCAGGUGGAAACAGAGGUUUGGUCUGAAAAGAGGUGAUAAAAGUGAUGGGACUUUGGAAAGAGUUGUUGAGGAGAAGCCCGAGACUCAGCUGGAAGGGGCCAGACUUCAAAAUUAAGAUCAGGAAAAGGGUACUUCUAAUUGGAGGGUGCAGUUGUAGAGGUCUCCCUUCAAGGUUUAUGAUCUAAAGAUUAAGAGGUGGACUAUAUAUUUUCUUCUUAAUUUAUGGACUUGAUGGAUAACAAUUAGAUCUAAGGUGGAAUUUGUGGUUUGCUAAAUCUCUCCCUCUCCAUUUUUUUUUCUCUAAUUUUUCCUUCUUCUAUCCUCAAAGAAGGCAUUUAUCAAUUUCUAUUUUGUAUUUUCUCUAAUUUUUCCUUCUUUUAUCCUCAAAGAAUGGAUUUGUCGAUUUCUCUUUUGUACAAAGGUUUGCAUUUGAAGUGCUUCCAUGAGAUAGUAUCUAUUCUUAAUGUAAUUUAUCAAUUCUGAUUA